AUGAUGCAUACUCCACGUGAACCACUACUUAUCCUGAACAAUACAACAUUGGACCCGGUUGACUUACUUAUCCAUGACUCACUUUUACCGGAACUGUUACCCUCAGCCGAAGCGUAUGUCAUCCUCAAGCAUUAUGUUUCCCUACCGAUUUUUGCUACCAGUAUAGUAUGCAUCCUGGUGACCAUCGCCGUAGUCACACGUCGCGGAUUAUGGCGACCGACCGUGACCUAUGUCGUCAUGCUGGCUAUUGUUGACCUGUUGAUUUUACUACUCCUAUCCAUACUCUCAUUAGAUUAUUUCAUUAUUCCAUGGACCUCGGAAAAAUUUCGAAUGUGGUUCUAUUCAGCUGAAACUGUGCUUGGGGAGUCGGUGGAUACUUUAUUGUUCAUCUCCAACUGGUUAACGGCAAUGCUUGCCACGGAACGCUAUGUUGCCAUAUGUUAUCCACUUCAGUCGCGCCGUAUCAGCCGAAAACACCGACGGAUUGUGGUCACCAUGGUCAUUGUGAGUAGUCUGAUAAUUCGAACUCCUGGAUUUGUUUUGUUAAACAUGUCUAACGACCCGGUGACCUAUCCUAAUAUAGCUGUUUAUCAGCGGUGCUAUGUGUGGAUUGUACAAGUCACCCUGUUCCUCAUUGCACCGUUCGCUUUGCUAACCUUUGUGAAUCUGCGACUGAUUCAAGCUGUGAGACGAUCUUCCAAACUGUUGCGAGCCACAUUCGGUGCAGGCUUGCCAACCUCGGGCAAAAGUGCUAUGAACAGUCAGUUGAACUCACUUACCGACACCUCGAAUCAAAUGAGCGAUCGUCGUCAAUGUAGUAAGUCCACAUCAGAUUAUUUCAAAUUUGGCCCGAUAUUCCGCACGUCGCAGCACGGCGGCUCAAUGAAUCAGACAAAUACACCACAGGCAGAACAAUGCGCUGCAGACAGUCCCUCAUUUAGUCUUAGUGGAGCGAAUAACAAUUUUCACAACCCUAAACUAUCCGAAAAUCAGUAUGCUAUUGCCUUGACAUUACAUGGUCCUUCCGGAAUGCAUGUUCAUAGAGCUGGUCGCGAGGAACGGAAAAUAACUGUGACCCUAGUUUGUCUAGUGAUUACAUUUUUUAUCUUUCAAGGACCAUCCGUUUUGACCUCUGUCCUGAUACGCUUCACCUCUGCCUCAAAAUCUGUUAUUUUUGAAAACCUCCUAAUCCCCCUGUCCCUUAUUGCUUUGGCAAUCAAGAGUGAUCUCUAUUUCUUUCUUUAUUGUUGGUUUUGUGAAAGAUUUUUGAAUUCGUUGUGCAAUCUUUUUGGACUUCGUAAACUGCGUGAUUGGAUCAGGCAUGUCCGUGAACGAUGCAAAUCACGUUUGACGAAUAAACAAUGUCCCCGAUCAUUUCCGUGUAUUCAAAAACCUUCUUUAUUACAAGAAUAUCAACUACCCCAUCACUACUACGGUUACUACGGUAAACAUCCAUCGUUUUAUGUUCGUGGUUCCAUUGCUCACAAUCGAUACCCAUUUUCAUACAAACCCCCUCCGUUGCCGUUUGUGAUGAACAAGAAGCGCCGAUUUUCAUUUUGGCCACCACAAUUGAAAUGGAACUGGUUACGUUCAGCCGAACGACAGGAAUCACGAAUGAAAAACUGCAAUAUGUGCUUUCUUAACGAGCAAAAUUUGCCUAAUAUAGAAACAGAUGCCAAAAACACUUUCGUUCCUCCUCCGGAUAGUUAUUUCUCCAAACGUCGUGUUGUCCUGAUUCCCGAUUCCCGAUCGCACAAAUAUUCAAUGAAAAGUNGGGCGUGCCAGUGGUCAGCAGUAUGGUUUCUUACUGUCCGCUGA